AUGAAAAGAAAGCUUCCUGACACAUUCCCCUAAGACCCAACCCAAUUAAAAAACGAAGAAAUACAAUAAUAAUAAGAAAACUAAGAUAAUGAAGAAAACCUCGAAGAAUCCCAAAUAAACUCAGGCAAAAAUGCACAAUACGAUCCCGAAUGGGUAUGCCUUCGAGGAGUAGAUCAUUACGAUCGCGAGAGAAAAAUAUACAAUAACCUUAAUCGAAAUCUCGAACAAGAAAUAUUUAAUAAAAUCGAAAAAAUCGGCAAGCCAAAAAUAAGAACAUGGCCUUUUUAAAAUUUACAAACGAACAAGAAGCUGAAAAAUUCCGAAAAUAUGUCUAAGAAGGUAAACUAAGUAAAAAACCUAAAUUCUUAAAAUACCAUCUAAGAAAUACCAUUAGAAGCCGAAAUCGAAGAAGAAUUAAAAAUUCCUUUAGAAGAGAAAAUAUGUCCUUUAGCCCUUGCUUAGUUAAAUAAAGAUAAUGACAUAUAAAAAAUUCCCAAAUGGGUAACUAGGAAACCUGAAGAAGAAAAAAUUAUAUUUAUUGAAUGUACUGAGAAUUUUUUCAACUACAGAAACAAAUCGGAAUUUACAAUUGGUAAAAACCACAAAGAUGAAAUAAGAGUAGGAUUUAACCGAACUAAUUUCAACAAAAAAAUCGCAUUCAUAGACGAUGCUUAAAAAAAUUGUCUUUCCACCCUCGAAUAAAUUAAAAUAGCAGAAAUUUUAUAAGAAUAUAUUAUUUAAAAUUAAUCUAAUUUCCAAGUAUAUGACAGGUUUACCCAUAAAGGAUUUUGGAGAUAUUUAGUCGUCCGUUAAAGUUUCUAAACAUUCUAAAUAUUAAUAAAUAUAGUAGUUAAAUAUGAAAAAGAAUUUUCUGAUGAUUCCAAAGAGAAAUUGAAAAAUGAAUUAAUACCAUUGUUUACAUAAAAAAACUAAUUCGAACCUUAUAAUAUAGUUUCUUUAAAUAUCCAAAACUAUGAAGAUCCUUCCGAUAGUAUUCCACAUAACGGAAAAAUUGAAAAUAUAUACGGAAACCCUAAUUACGAUGAAAUAAUCUUAGGAAACACCUUUAAAAUAUCUCCUAAUGCUUUCCUACAAGUCCAUACUAAACAAUGUCAAAAGCUAUACAAUUUAAUCGGAAAUAUAAUCUAAAAGAUAGGUAUAAGUGACUAAAAUACAAUAUUUUUAGAUAUAUGUUCAGGUAUAGGUACUAUAGGUAUAUGUUUAGCUCAAAAAGCAAAAUAAAUCAUAGGAAUAGAAUGCGUAGAAACUGCUUGCUAGGAUUGUGAAGAAAAUAUAAAAAUAAAUAAUGUCCAAAACUACAAAGUUGUUCAGGGAAAAGUAGAAGACGUUAUCCAAAAUGUAGUAUAACCUUUAAUUAAUUAAAAUUUCUAAAUUAUUGGGGUAGUAGAUCCUCCUAGAGCAGGACUUAAUUAAAGUGUUGUAAAAGCUCUAAGGACUUCACCCGCUUUUCAUACUGUAGAAUAUUUCGCUUGUGAUCUUUUCCCAUAAACUAAGCAUUUUGAAGGAAUAUUUUAUUUAUAAAGAUAUCCAAUUGAGGAAUGA